UGUAAAUCGUAUUCGCUUCUGUAGUUUGGACCUUCACACUUUCCGUAUAUACAUCCUGUGUAGCCAACAUGGCGUCGUGUUGUUAGCCGGUUAGCUUGAUACACACAGGAUUUUACAUUAUUGUCCUUUUAAUCAAAUAUUAAAGUUUGUUGGCGGCGUCAGUGUGAAGUGACGUGUUUGGGGGUUGAAGUCAAAUCGUUUGAAACUCUGUAAAUCGUGUAUUUCAGUUGAAACAGCGAUGUUUUCUUACUCCUGUCGCCGCGCUAACAGUUAGCCGCUAGCUCCGCCGCUAGCUCUCCUGCUCGCUGCCGGGGAACCGGUGAGCCAUGGCGGAGGCGGAGGAGCUGCGGCCCGUCCCCCGGGAGAGGGCCAUCCUGGAGAGCUUCUUCACGCAGCUCGGCAUGUUCUCCUUCGACCGGGCCAAGGACUACGUGGAGAAGGAGAAGGACAACAGCAGGAGCUCCGGGCCGACCUGGGCCGCGCUGCUGGCGGCGCUGGCUCACCUGUCCGCCGCGGAGAAGGCGUUUCACAACAUGACGUUCCUGGGCCAGAAGAUGGGCGGUCAGUCCUUCUUCAGCCGUAAAGACUCCAUCCGCACCAUCUACACCUCCCUCUACAACGAGCUGAGGAAGGUGGUGACCAUGGGGCGUCACAGCCAGCCCAGCUCCACCUCCUACCUGGAGGACCUGCUGUCGCACCUGUCGGAGCAGCUCUGCCACUUCACCCAGGCGCGCAUGGAGAUGGCCGACUUGUACGAGAAGAUGCACUCGCUGGGCAGCCAGAAGAGCAUCAACUCCGACGAGCUGGUCACCACGCUGGAGGCCGUGCUGCACAAAUACAGCUCCAAGUUCCAUCACCCCAUCCUGGGCCGUGUGGAGGAGGGCUUCCAGACGGAGGUGGACGUCGUGACCCAGUUGCUGCGCUGCCAGGCUCAGGUGUCGGAGUGGCACUUCCUGCCGGCCCUGCUCAGUCUCCACGGCGCCAACACCAAGCUCACGGCCUGGGGUCAACUCUUCCAGCGGCAGAAAGAGACGCGCAAACAUCUGUUCGGAGGCCAGUCCCAGAAGGCCGUGCAGCCGCCGCACCUGUACGUGUGGCUGCAGCGCUUCCAGGCGGUGCUCCUCGCAAAGUUCAGCUUCUACUUCCACGAAGCCCUGAGCCGGCAGACGGCGUCCGCUGACAUGAGAGCCCUGACGGCCCGCACCGCGCCGGAUUACCACGGCAAGAUCUGCACCUUCAUCCGCAAACACGAUGCCAGCAACGUGUCGCUGGUGUUUGACAACCGAGGCUCAGAAAGCUUCCAGGGCCACGGCUACCACCACCCGCACUCGUACCGGGAAGCCCCGAAGGGCGUGGAGCAGUUCCCCGCCGUGGUGUCCCUGCCGACGGGAGAGCGGCCGCUCACGCACUGGCCCAACGUCAUCAUGAUGAUGGGAGACCGCGCCGCCGAGCUCAACACUCUGGACAAGGUGGUGCACUUCUACGACGAUAAAGUCCUGAGCACGUACUACCUGACGCGGCCCGAGCCGCACUUCACUCUGGUCGUCAUCUUCGACGGCAGGAAGACGGAGAAGGAUCUGCACAUCGCCGCCUUCCUGCAGGAAAUCUCAAGCUCGCUGCGGAACUCGAAACCCUUCAGCAUCCUGAAGCCCGGCUCCAAGGGCUGAGCGCCGCGCGGACGCAACAGGAAGUCGGAAAAGACAUUGAACUAAAAUGAAACCUGCCCAAAUAAUAAUAAUAAUAAUAUUGAUGCACUUUGAUUUAAAAUCUUCUUGUUGAUUUGAAUCUCGUUUUUUGCCAAAACUUUUUCAGACCAAAGACAUUUUGUUUUCUCCCUCAGAUCCGGACAGUUUGUUGUCAGAACUUUAUUUUAAAUUUCUCAAUGAUUUUAAUCAUUUUGCACCAACGACUGUUUUAACAUGUUUACUUCUCAGUUUUAAAAGCUUCUAUUCACGUUAAAUAAAGUUUUUGUGACGACUGAAUAUCUGAACCUGAAAUAUUCAAGAUUUAUUACUUAAUCAACAUGAAAAUUAAAGUAUUGUGUAGAUCAGGUGAUUUAUCAUUCAGACUGACACUGUUCAAAUAUCAAUCUGUAUGUUGAACUUGUUUUAUCUUGUGUAAGGAAUCAGAUUAGAAGAUAUAAACAUAGAUAGAAGAGCCUUGUCAGUAGUUUGCUGAUAUGAAAACUUAUUUGACAGAAUAAACGAUGCAGGAAGUA